AUUCGCCUCUGUCGUAUAAUUCGACGCGUAUCCCUGCCAUUGACCCCCUGUCGAUCGACAUCUUACAUCUCGGAAUGGCGACCAGUUCAAGGCCAAAACUCGACGUCGACGAGUACCUCUCUCAAGGGGUCUCAGCGACGCCAGCAGAACUUCACCCAUUCUUCGAGUCAUUUCAAGUGCUGUACAGCCGUAAACUAUGGCACCAAUUGACAAAUAAGCUAUUCGAGUUCCUCGACCACCCACUAUCGCGACCGUAUCGAGUGGAUGUGUUUGAUAAGUUUGUGCGAGACUUCGAGUCGAAGCUCAACCAGCUUAGGCUCGUGGAAAUGGGUGUAAAAGUGUCCAAGGAGAUCGACAACCCCGCAACCCAUCUCGCUUUUCUAACUGACUUGCUCACUCGUGUGGAUACCAAGAAAUCCCCAGAAGCGCAUGUGCUUCUGCUUGCAACCUUAGCACACGCAAAGCUACUCUAUGGUGAUUUGGAGGGCACUAAGACAGAUAUCGAUGGCGCGUGGAAGAUCUUGGAUGAGCUCCCAAGUGUGGAAAGCAUUGUGAACGCGGCAUAUUAUGGAGUGGCAGCUGACUACUACAAGGUGAGAGUAAUCGUCAUGUCUUCUGCAAUGCUCACCGAUCCUCAGGCGAAGGCCGAGUAUGCUCCAUAUUACCGCAACUCAUUGCUAUACCUUGCAUGUAUCGACCCCGCGAAGGAUCUCAAUGCGGAAGAGCGACUUGUACGCGCGCACGACUUGGCCGUUUCUGCGUUCCUGGGUGACACAAUUUACAACUUUGGUGAACUACUAAUGCACCCCAUCCUGGAUGCUCUGGACAACACGCCGCACGACUGGUUGAAGAAGCUACUCUUCACCUUCAACGAGGGAAACAUUGGCAAAUUCGAAGGCCUCGCGCCACUGUUCCCGCAGGAGCCAAUCCUGCACGAGAAUUACUCGUUCCUCCGACAGAAGAUCUGCCUCAUGGCGCUCAUCGAGUCGGUGUUCAAACGGGGUGCUAACGAUCGGACGAUGUCGUUCCAGACCAUUGCUGAGGAGACACGAUUACCCUUACAUGAAGUCGAGCACUUGGUGAUGAAAGCGCUGAGUCUGAAGCUGAUCCGAGGAUCACUAGACCAAGUAGACCAGAAGGCGCACAUUACGUGGGUACAGCCACGCGUACUGUCGAGGGAGCAAAUCGGGCAGCUCGCGCAGAGACUCGCUGUCUGGGGUGAGAAGCUGCACACGGUGGAGGAGCGGAUUGCGCCCGAGGUCCUUGUGAAUGGUUGAUCGUCCAAAGUUGUGUACCUUUAUGUUGCCUGUGGAUUGUCUGGUUCAGAUUCCAGAAAGAGUAUCCCAUAGUUCCACAUGCGCAAGCAAGUUUGGGCUUCCGAGCGGACAUCCCACGAGAAAUAUAAUAAGACACCGCUACUGGGACGAGGUCACUGUACAUUAUGCUGAGUUGGGCAUGUACUGGUGUGCAUUACGGUCG